GACGUGAAUAUUACAGAAUCUUUCAUACCGAGGGGAUUAUUCGACGGAGUCAGAAUGAAUUAUGGUGAUGAUGUGUGUCAAAUAUGUAAGAAAUUUUCAAACCUUCAUAUCAGGCUGGCGUCGAUGAAAAACCGCACAGUGUUUUUAUUACAAUGCAGAAGACUGAAAAUUUACCCCAACCACAUCAAAAAUAAUAUAAAACAAAUAUAUUCGCUUCAACUUGAAGAACAUCCAUACACCAGAAAAGUAGCCUUGAUCAUGGAGAACUUUCAAAAAUCAGUUCUGCAUCUAGAGAUCAAAAUUACACUGUGGAAAAAGAAAAACAUAUAACAAUCUAUUGACUCUCUUACGAACAGGUUAGAAACACUUUUAGACGAGCACACAUGGAGAAAUAUAAGACAAUUCACAGAACAGAAAUUCGAGUUUUCUUUCCAAACAAUGAAAAACAUCAACAAACAAAAACUAAUUAGACUACAACACAUGCAGAACCAACCCAUUACAAUUAAAGAAUGCGAAAAGUUCCUCGUUAAUUACACUGGAGUAGAAAUCCCUGAAGAAGCUCGUAUCAUAUUAGGCAUGGGACCAAAACAUGGCAUAGUCCCAAAAAAUGUUCCGAUACCAGAACUAAUCAAGGAUGUUGAAUGUUUUAUACAGGCAAUACCACUCGAAGAAAAUGAGAAGAAUGGAGCCAGAUCAAGAUGUGCCAGAAUAAUUCAAAAUUUUAUUGAUAAACCAAAAGCUCCAGACCCCCUCAAAAUGUAUUAUCAUAUAACAUCAAAAUUUAUCAAAGACAACCCUGACAUUUUGGUGAGUAAAUCAGAUAAAGGUAAUACAACAGUAGUUAUGUACAGGGAAGAAUAUACUCGAGAAGUGAACAAUUUACUAAGUGACAACCAUACAUACAGUAUCUUAAACAAGGAUCCAACAAAGAAAACCCAAGACAACAUCAACAAAUUUCUGAUAACACUCAAAGAUGAGAAAAUGAUAACAGAAACACAAUAUAAAGAACUAAUCAGACACAACAGUACACCUCCAAAAUUAUACUGCUUGAGAAAAACUCACAAACCAGUUAUCAGUUUCAGACCUAUUGUAAGUUGCAUAGGUUCGCCAGGUUAUAAUGUAGGCUCAUUUUUACACGGAAUUUUAAGUAACGUCCUUUAGUCUUCGAAAUUUAAAGUAAAGAACUCGUUCUCCUUUGUUGAAGAACUGAAAAACAUUCAUGUCCCAGAUAAGUACAAGAUGGUGUCUCUCGA